AUGGCGGCGCCCUUGCGGCACUUCCCGAUGUGGCGAUGGCGGCUCCCGGGGCCGCUCCGGCCCGGGGGAGGUGCCGGCGGCGUAGCGGCUCCCCGGGCGGGGCUCAAGAAGUGGACGCUGCCCCCGGACUACAGCGGCAUCACCAUCCCGGAGAAGCCCAAGCUGAAGUUCAUGGACAAGGUGCCGGCGGUGCCCAAGGUGCGGCGGGAGCCCCGGCGGCUCCGUGACAUCCGCGGCCCCUCCCAGGUGGCCACCGACUUCACGGAGGGGCAGUACGGGAUCCUGGCUUUGGGCGGGGGGUACCUGCACUGGGGCCACUUCGAGAUGAUCCGCCUGAGCAUCGGGCGCAGCCUCGACCCCAAGUCCAUGUUCGCCGUGUGGCGCGUGCCCGCCCCGCACAAGCCGGUGACGAGGAAGAGCCUGGGGCACCGCAUGGGCGGCGGCAAGGGCCCCAUCGACCGCUACGUGACGGCGGUGAGGAGCGGCCGCCUGCUGGUGGAGGUGGGCGGGCGCUGCGAGUUCGGGCAGGUGCAGCCCUUCCUGAGCCGCGUGGCCCAGAAGCUGCCCUUCCCCGCCGUGGCCGUCAGCCGGGACAGCCUGCAGGAGAUGCGGCGGGAGGAGGAGAGGAGGAGGCUGGACAACCAGAACCCCUGGACUUUCGAGCGCGUGGUGGCCUCCAACAUGCUGGGCAUGAGGAAGUACCUGAGCCCCUACGACCUGCGCCUCAAGGGGCGCUACUGGGGCAAGUUCUUCCUGAAGCACAGGGUGUGAGGAGCCCCUGGGCGGGAUGGAUUUCGGGAUUAAACUUUCCCACGAGA